AUGAUUAGAGUGGUUCAUGGAGAAAAUUUUACCGAUUUUCCAGGUAAAUCCUAUGCAAAAACAUUAGUAGCUUACAUUACUUGGGUCAACAUCGAAUUGCUAGACAUGGAGUUGCUAGGAAGAUUUUCUAAAAGUCUGGGUUAUGAGAAAUUUGGUUACUGGUAUUAUAUGCCAACUGAAGAGCAACAGGGGUUGACCAUGUCCCCCAUUAUAGACGAGAAUGUGUUGGGAAAUUUCAAAAUGAUGGCUAGGGCACACAAAUUUCAUGAAAUUGAACACUUGUAUAUAGAGCACAAGACUAAACCUAUGCCAAUGAAUUUUCCCCAUUACUUGAUGAACUCACCAUCGAAGAGGAUAAAAAAGCUUAUCUAUCUCUUGGUGACAGAAGACCCAAGAGCAACAGUUGAUGAUGGAAUUGCAUACAUCAAGCAAAUGAUGAACAUGACAAUUCCAAAGUGA